AACGAACUCACGUGUCGAGUGAACAUAAGACUUGCUUCCUCGCUUUAUAAAAUCUCCGACGACCUCUCUUUCUCCUCCUCCACUCUGUACUAAUCUCAGCCGACACUUGGAAACUUGUCUCUAAAACCCUAGUUUUUUUUUCUCUCGCUUCGGUCUCAAAAAUGGGAGAUUCGGACAGAGACUCCGGCGGAGGGCAAACAGGGAACAACCAAAACGGACAGUCUUCGCUGUCUCCUCGAGAGCAAGACAGGUUCCUCCCGAUCGCUAACGUGAGCCGGAUCAUGAAGAAGGCUCUCCCCGCGAACGCCAAGAUCUCCAAAGACGCUAAAGAGACGAUGCAGGAGUGCGUCUCGGAGUUCAUAAGCUUCGUCACCGGAGAGGCCUCGGACAAGUGUCAGAAGGAGAAGAGGAAGACCAUCAACGGAGACGACUUGCUAUGGGCUAUGACCACUCUAGGGUUCGAGGACUACGUCGAGCCGCUGAAGGUUUAUCUGCAGAGGUUUAGGGAGAUCGAAGGGGAGAGGACUGGGCUCGGGAGGCCGCAGACUGGUGGUGAGGCCGGUGAGCAUGGUGGUGGUGUCGGCGGAGAUGGCGGUGGAGGAUACUACGGUGGUGGUGGGAUGGGGAUGCAGUAUCAACAGCAUCAUCAGUUUCUUCACCACGGGCAGAACCAUAUGUAUGGGUCUACAGGCGGUGGUGGUGGUGGUGGUGGCGGAGACGGUGGAGGUGGUGGUUCCGGUAGGACAAGGACUUAAAAAAAGAGAUUGGGUGAAAGUGGAUCUCUGUAUAUAUAGAUAUACAUAUAUACGCAUAUGCCUAUUCUUACCUCUAAAGAUUAUAUCAAUGUAAAAUUAGGUUUUGCGGCUUGUGUAAAGAGGAUCAAGUGUGUUUGAAAAAACAAUAGGAUCUGCUCUGUUUGGUCUUUGUAUUUAACUAUCGGAUUUGAAUAGCAUUGAAAUGCAAAAUGUUUAUUAUUAUUUA